UGGAGGGAGAAGAUGGGAGCGGACCGCAUGAUUCAAGAACCACCGUCGUAACGCGAAUGCCCAGAUUCGUAUCAUCUGGUUCCGUGCAGUGCACGGCGGAGAAAAUAAAAUGCACCCAACGGAGCAACGCUGAGGCCAACGUGCGAUAGGCGAGCCGUCGCGCGCACUGGCAACAAUAUGCAACUAACGGGACAAGAAUACGAGGAGGGAGAGGGAGAGAAGAGGUGGAGGAGGAGGAGGAGGAGGAGGAGGAGGAGGAGGACAGGCCAGCCCCCAGAGAGGCAACAGCAGGGCCUGGGGCGAGGCUGGACCGGCCUGGCAGCCACCGAGGGGCACGCACGAGCGAGCGCGGCCGAGAGCGCGAGGGAGCGGGAGGGUCCAGGUGAGAGCCUGCAGCGCUCGACUCUAAGGGGGCCCUGCCAGGCCCUGGAGGGUGAGGGGCUCGCACUGUCCCAGAACACAAAAGCCUGCCUCCAGGGUACCUGACCAAUCUCCUAUGGAACUGGACCCGGCUGGCCGCCGCCCGUCGCCGCCCGUCGUCGCCGCCCGCUCUGGAGUUCGAAGCUAUUUGCCUCGAGGAGUCGUCGAAAACACUGGCUUAGAUGUGUCUUGCGCUGCCCGGCGAAUAUUGCUUCGUGCUGCGGAGCAUGAGAAACUCGUGUCUGUGGCCUUCCGGCGUAUCCGCCCAUGAGCCGGUUAUGAAUACAGCUGCUGCGCAAUCGCCCUCCUGGACCAGGAUGGCCUUAAAAGCAUCGGGCCAAGAGAUCAUUAGAUCCCCUGUGUGGUCCGCGAGUACGUCUGCACACCCUGUUCCUUGACCC